AUUUUAAAUGGAAAUGUUCAUGCGUUUCCCCUACAGGAAGUGCGGUACUGCACUUUUAUCACAUUUAACUACACGUUUAAGUUGAUAAACAAACUCGGUGAGCCGCGUUCGAUCCAGACGCGAAUUCCGAUCUUUGGUUCCAGAAUACCGCUCCCAGGACAAUUCGCCGAAGAUACCGUGUCAAUUUCUCCAAGUGAGCCGACGCCGAUUUGCGAAUUAUCCCGUAAAGAUCUUGGUAAACAGGUUCGUGUCGCUGACAAGGAGGGCAUCUUGCGUUUUAUUGGAACCGUGCACUUUUCCCCAGGCGUUUGGUGCGGCGUGGAAUUGGUUAAGGCAAACGGAAAGAACGAUGGAUGCGUGCGCGGUGUACGUUACUUCGCUUGUCCAGAUUCCCGUGGUUUGAUGGCUCCAUUAUGCAAGGUUUCUCUAGUUGAAGUCAAUGAAUUUGAUGACGGCGAAAGCAUUCACUCCGGUCCUCAUAGUAUGCUUUUUGGAAUUAAGGAUGGACUUGUGGGGAAGGAUCUAGAAAGGAUAGACGUAAAUGAAACAUUCGUGAGUUCGGGUAACACUUGUGAAGGGGAACCAAGUAAUUUACCAAAGAGUUUAAUUAGGUCAGAUACUUACGAAAGUAUACAAAUUCCCGAAAAAAAUCCAGUCAACAGGACUCUUAUAAAAUCCGAUACUUACGACAAAUCGGAAGAAGACUGCGGACGUUAUAACAACACAUAUGACGUUUGUGAUACUAACGAAUGUGAAAUAUCUGGCAACGCUGACGAAACAUUGUCGUACUUGAAUGAAAAUAAUUUCCCUGACAUUGUGAAUUCAACAAGAAUUUCGGCAAAAUCUGAAGACCGUAUCAACGAGACAAUAACGCAUCCCGCACCUCUAGUCACUAAAGAUAAAAGGAGAGUACCAAAGUCGCUUACGUGUGUACCUUGUACCAGCUCAAGCCUUAAUAGUACCUUAGUUUACUCUGAGAGCAAAGUUAAAAAAACCACCUACACGUCUUCACCUGCACAAAGAACAAAGACGACACAAAUUAGUGACUCCGGCAAAAACUUAAAUGACACAUUUGUAGGGGAACCGAAACUGAAAUGUCUGAAAUUGCACGGCAUUGAAUCCCAAAAUCUUGCACCACUAACUCAUCCCACACAACUGUACUCAGAGGCCGAUAUUGAAAAUUCCUUACGAAGGAGAAGAGUAAAAGGCACUCCCACCUAUAGUCCGGCGACUGACGAUGACAACACCAAACGAAACUCUCUCGAAUUUGAAGAAUCCCUAGGCAUACUAACACCGGAACAAAUGACGGACUUCUCCGCGUUUCCAGAGUGCAGGAGCCUCUCCUCGGAAAACAUCAGCGCCCUCCCCACUGAUUUCCAAAACUUCCAGCCCAAAUACCAAUCCGAAACCAAACCGCCAGAGAUGUCGAGCCCAAAUCUACCCGACGUAAGCAUCAAGGACUUGAGUUUAGGAAUCAUUGACGAAAACAUGCUGCUGAGCUUUGCGAUUAAAUCGGAUGCCACAAACUUGGAAUUGCCCCUAGAUUCUUUGUCCAAAUCAAAAUCGUACGCCAUGGCCCGGUUAGAACAAACGCCAUCGCCUGAAGACUUGCCACUAGAUCCUACACCGGUUAUCGAGUGCGACUCAAAAUCGGAACAGACAAAGUCAAAAACUACCAGCAACAGUUUUAUUACUAGCAUAACUAGCAUUACUAGUCUAGAUACUGGGUAUCAGGGCGAUGGAGAAAUGUCGCGCCCAGCUAGUAGAGGUGCGGAUCACUCGCCACUUACCAGAAGACCGAUGCCUCGCCCCCAACCUCGUCGCCCCGAUCCGCUAACGGACUCUGAUUUUUACACCGAGAGCGAUGCCGAUAAUCACGAGGAGCCGCCAUUGAGAGGUGAUCGACUGGCAAGGAUCAUUGACGGUACACUGUAUGGGGUUGAUCCACAAGCUGCAGCUGAUAUUUACGUUAACAACCGCGAAAAUAUGGAUUCGAGUGGGAUAUUUACGGACAUCGAAGGUAAUACGAGAACCGAUGAGCUAUCAAGUGCAGAAAAUGAAAACGUAGACGUGUCACCUUCUCCAUCGGACACGUCUAGCAAAACAAUCUCGAACGAUAGUCAAAAUAACGCGCCCGCUCUUUUGAAUAAAACCAUAACCAAAACGGGAUCGGCGACAAAACCGGGUUCCGCCGAAAAAAAGGAGAAGAGUACCGAAAUGCAGUUGAAAGGCAAAUCCCCUACGCCUUCAACCGCCGCGUCUAGUCCGGCAAGCGUACGUUCACCAAGACAUACGCCCCGAGAAGAUAGCGCCUCAAAAAAAUACAAAAUGCCAAAGAGGAACGUCGCUUCAAAGGUGAAAGCGGUGCUCCAAUCCAGCACCCCGCCGCGCAAGGAAAACGCAACGAAUGCCGCCCCAAAAAAAACCGUUGGCCGUUGGGACGCGGUCAUGAACAAAAUUACCAAAAAUCCCAGUAGCUUUAAGGAAAUCAAAUCCAAAGUGUUCACUAAUAAUAGCCCGACGCCGCCGCGGCCAAAUGUCACACCAAAUAAUAAACUGAGAAGAACACGGGCACGCUCAGAUACGACAAUAACGAAAAUAAAUAACGCUGGAAGUUUGCACAGUUCCGCUAGCGAUCUGAGCGGGGCUUCGCCUCCCAAAAGAAUUGGUAAGUUUUUACAGUUUACAUAUGUCCGUCUGUCUGUGCGUAAUAAUUGACUCCUAAUGUACCAA